ACCAGUCCCCCUAGACGUCUCUUUCUUUUCUCCUGUCUCCAAAAGCUAAGAGCGAUUUUAAGGAUGUUGAUUCCCAAGAAGAAUAGAACAAAUAUUUAUGAAUACCUCUUCAAAGAGGGUGUAAUGGUUGCAAAGAAAGAUUUCAAUGCACCAAGACAUCCUGAGCUGGAGACUGUUCCAAAUCUACAAGUCAUCAAAGCUAUGCAGUCUCUAAAAUCUCGAGGGUAUGUCACAGAACAGUUUGCUUGGAAGCAUUAUUACUGGUACCUAACAAAUGAAGGCAUCACAUAUCUGCGUGAUUAUCUAAACCUGCCUCCCGAGAUUGUUCCAUCCACAUUAAGACGACAAACAAGGACGGAAGGAUCCCGUGCCAGACCAAAGGAAGGCCCUCGUCCAUCUGGUCCAGCACCAGACACCGCUGACCGUGAAGCCUACAGACGUGGACCGAGCGAUGAACCCAAAGGAGGGGCGGGAGCAAAUUUCAAUCCUGAAUUCCGUGGAGGUUUCGGUCGAGGUCGUGGGUUUGGUGCACCGCCAUCUUAAAGGAUAUUUUGUAGUUGAAUAAAAAAACAUUCCUCAUCAACA